CAGCAGACUCGCGCCAGUUUUCGCAGCUGUCCUCGAGAACCUGUUGCGUCUUUAGUCUCUGAAAGCGUUUCCUAAGCGAAAUAUUCACAUAUUUAUCUUAGAGACGUAAUUCACAUCUCCGCGAUAAACAUGGCACCCAAGGAUUAUAUGGCGGAAAAGGAGAAGUGCAAGCGGUUCCUGCAGGAGUUCUACAGCGAGGAUGAGUCCGGGAAGAAGCUCUUCAAAUACGGCGCUCAGCUGGUGUCGCUGGCCCACCGAGAGCAGGUGGCGCUGCUGGUGGAUCUGGACGACGUGGCGGAGGAAGACCCCGAGCUGGUGGAGAGUGUGUGUGAGAACGGCAAACGCUACGCAGGACUGUUUGCAGACGCGGUCCACGAGCUGCUGCCGGAGUACAGAGAGCGAGAGGUGGUGGCGAAAGACGCCUUGGACGUUUAUAUCGAGCACCGGCUGAUGAUGGAGACCAGGGGUCGCGACCCCGCAGACACACAUGACUCCAGGAACCAGUAUCCGUCUGAACUCAUGCGCAGAUUUGAGGUGUACUUCCGGCCUCCCUCUACGCUGAAGCCGAGGGUCGUGCGCGAUGUGAAGGCCGACAGCAUCGGUCAGCUGGUCACCGUCAGAGGGAUCGUCACCAGAGCCACCGAGGUCAAGCCCAUGAUGGCCGUCGCCACGUACACAUGUGACCAGUGCGGCGCCGAGACCUACCAGCCGAUCUCCUCUCCCAGCUUCACUCCGCUCAUCAUGUGUCCCAGUCAGGAGUGCGUCACCAACAAAUCAGGAGGCCGGCUGUACCUGCAGACGCGAGGGUCAAAGUUCAUCAAGUUCCAGGAGCUGCGCAUUCAGGAGCACAGCGAUCAGGUGCCGGUGGGGAACAUCCCUCGCUGCAUGAGCAUCUACACUCGCGGAGAGAACACACGUGUUGCUCAGCCCGGAGAUCAUGUGGCCGUUUCUGGGAUAUUCCUGCCUCUGCUGCGCUCGGGGUUCAGACAGGCUGUGCAGGGUCUGCUGUCGGAGACGUAUCUGGAGUGUCACUGCAUCACUCUGAUGAAUAAGACUGAGGAUGAUGAGCUGGGAACUGAAGAGCUGAGCGACGAAGAGCUGCGGCACAUCACUGAGGAGGACUUCUACGAGAAGCUGGCGGGCUCGAUCGCCCCUGAGAUCUACGGCCACGAGGAUGUGAAGAAGGCUCUGCUGCUGCUGCUGGUGGGGGGGGUGGAGCAGGCGCCGCGGGGCAUGAAGAUCAGAGGGAACAUCAACAUCUGUCUGAUGGGAGAUCCAGGUGUGGCGAAGUCUCAGCUACUGUCAUACAUCGACCGACUCGCCCCUCGCAGUGAGUCCAACACACACACUCUCACACACACUC